GUUUCAAGACUUUUAAAUUCCAAACGGUUGUCACCCAGAGAAGGCGAGGGGCUUUCAAAAAGUACAUCGCUCCUUCUUGCUCAGCCUGCGGCUGUAUGGUCUGAGAGAAGACGUUAUAACUCGUGUCACCUGCAUCUGUGUUUUUUUGAGGAUGACUUCUGUUGAAGUGAAUGAUGAAAAUCGUGGGGUCUGCCCUGGAGGAAAGCACAACAGCUCAAGUAACGACAUAUUUGCCCUGGAUCAGCCAACUGGGAGGCCCUCUAUCCUGCGCCAAACAGAGAACCUGCCCAGCAAGACUGUGCCAAAGGGGAUGAAGGUUUGUUUUCAGACUCCAAGAAGAGACCCUGUGACUAAGAGAAUUCUAUCUCCAACCAAGUCUGUCAAGAUGACCAGUGUGGAUGAGUGUACAAAAGCAAUGGAGUCUUUAAAUUUGGAUAAAACAAAUGCUUUGCCACAAGAGGCCACUGAGCACCCUAAUGAGCCAAAACAAGAAGUGUCAUCUUAUCCGGAUGACGACAUGCCAAUACAAAGCAAAGGGGGUUAUCAGCUGGAUUUUGACAACCUCGACGCUAUCGAUCCGUUUCAGGGGUCCAAUAAGAUGGUCCUCUCUCCAGCAAGGCCUGCUGUUGAAAACCCGCCUACAGAUCAAACUGAGUCUCAACACACACAACCAGAGAAUAUCUUGGAGGAGCCCACCAAGAAGGAUUCUGCACUAGAUGAGACACUCCCAUUCACCCCAUCUGUGGAAAAUUCACUGGUUGACGUCUCCGCCAACAUCAGCUCCACAGAGAACAGUGUGGUCACAGUGGCAAAGGUCCCAGCGGUUGAGGAACAGGAUUCAUGUACUGCCACACGUGAUGAGGAACAACCUGCUAAAACAAGUGUUGAUCAAGACAAAGCAUCGGGCAGCUUUGUGGACGAUGCCCCACUGUCAGCAAAAGGUUCAUAUAACUUGGAUUUUGACAACCUUGACGCAAUGAAUCCUUUCCAAACAGGUGGCUCUAAAAUCCAGAAUUCCCCUGGCCUUGGGAGAAAGCUGCCAGACAGUAAUCCACCUCUUGAGGAGCCACAGAUAAAGGAAGUUAAACCAGCAGGUACUGGUGAUGUUCCUGAGGUGGCUCAGAAGGUGCCUCUUCAGCUUGAGGUGAAACCCACAGCUGCAGUGAUUCCAAUAUCCACUAAUACAGCCAGGCCUCUAGCUCCUGAAUCCCAGCUAGCUGUUGCCCCAAUCAAGGAAGGGCCGAUCAAACUAGAGUUCAAUUUCGAUGAUGGCAGUGAGGUUAAACAGAAACCGCCACCCAAGAAAUUUGGGAAAAGGCCACCUGGUGCAAAAUCUAAAGAAGGCAAGACGGCAUCUGAUGUCAAACCUCCAAAAGAAACUUCAUUGAAUCCCGAUGCCACUGAUGUUGCUGGCAUUCCAGUUCUCAAAGGCUCUUACUCAUUUGACUUUGACAAAUUUGACAACCCAAACUUCAAUCCCUUUGGCACAAAAACAAACAUGAGCAACUCUCCAAAGUGCAGCAAGAAAUCCAGCCCUGUGCUUAUGGAAACUGCCAUUCCAGAGCAAACAGAGAGGCCCGUGGAGAAGGAAGCUGUAUCACCAGCAUGUGCUGGAGAGAGAGUCCCAGCUGCCGAACCCAACCCCGGAGUGACUGCUGCCCCUGACCAUGACAUGGGAACUGUGCAGAGUCUUCCUGAGCUUUCUGAACUGUGCCAGCCUGAGCAGAAGUCACAGACUGCAAUGUUAGAAAUCAAUGAAGACUUUGUCCCUGGAACAAUGUUCAUGGCCAAUGAUUUUGAUGGACAAAUCGACUACCUUGAACAGUUUGGGUCCAGCAGUUUCAAGGAAUCUGCACUAAGGAAACAAUCCUUGUACCUUAAAUUUGACCCCCUCCUGAGAGAGAGCCCAAAGAAGUCCGCAGGCCCGGCUGCUCAGACCAAUGUCCCCCUUCCUGCUGCCUUUGUUUCACGCCUUGAAACUCCACAGUUGGCAGAAAAAGAGGCAACAAAUGAAGCAAAGGGGGAUUUUAAACUGUUUGAUGCUACAGCACCAACUGCUCCAGUCCUCGUGAGUCUCGUCCCUUUCCCACAGCCAGCAAACACAGAGGAUGCCAUUAUUGAAGUGCUGAAGUACAGUCAGAAAGACAUGGAUGCAGCCAUCGCCAAAGUCCAGGCAGAAGCAAAGGAAAAAGAGGAGCAAUGGAGUACAAAGUAUAAAAAGCUACUUGAUGAUGGUCAAGAAAUGAGGAAAAUAAUUGCGGAAUUUGAGCUCAUGAUUGCAAAAAUGAUGGCUGAUCAAGAGGAGGAGAGAGAGCAGGCCCAGACGAAGCUGGACAAGGCUCUGCUGGAGAAGGAGCAAGCGUACAGUGACCUGAAUGCUAUGGAGAGAUCUUUCUCUGAGCUUUUCAAGAGACUGGAGAAGUACAAGGACGUUAUUGAGGGUUACAAAAAGAAUGAAGAGACUCUGAAAGCUUGUGCUCAGGACUACCUAGCAAGGAUCAAAAAGGAGGAGCAACGCUACCAGACCCUUAAGGCCCACGCUGAGGAGAAAAUUGGCCAAGCAAAUGAAGAAAUUGCUGAGGUGCGGUCCAAGUACAAGGCCGAGGUAUCAGCUCUACAAGCCCAGCUGCGCCGGGAGCAGCUGAAGGUGCAGUCAUUGGAGAAGAGCCUGGACCAGAAGGAGAAGGAGGCUGAAGAGCUGACCAAACUUUGUGAUGAGCUUAUCACCAAAGUCCAGAAGGGUUGAGCUCGUUUUUAAAUACUGUAUGUUUAAGUACUUCUUUCUGUUUUUUCUCGUUCCCGUCUUUCUUUUGUAGUAUGUUGUUUGUUUUUUGUCUAUGUUCUUAGAAUACUGU